AUGAAAUUAAUUAAGAAGAAAGACAUUUUUCAAAACAUAAACACAGAAUAUGAAAUCUCUGCUUAAGUCUAAAGAAAAUUACUAAAUGGAAAUGCCUAAUUCGUUAUUGAUCUGGCCAUCAAUUUGGAACUGAACUCCUAUUCAACAGUGUCUUUAGCAAUUCAUUUAUGUAAUUAUUUCUUUCAUCACAAAUGUUAUCUACAAUAUGACAGAUUUAUUGUUGCAGCUGCAUCUCUCCUAUUGGCUUAAAAAAUCAAAGACGGUGAUCCAAGAAUGAGAAAAUUAUUAAUCAGCUUUCACAGGAUCAUGCAAUCAAUUGAACAAACAAGAAUGGCAAACGAGGCUUUAAUGUAAUCAUUGUAAAACAAACUCUGCAUAGCUGAAAGCAGAAUCCUGAAGGUAAUUGAAUAUGAAUUCGAUAUUAAAUUACCCAAUGAUUACAUUGAAGUAAUAUGCAAGAAAUGUGUCCCUAAGAAAUUUGAAGAAGCCACCUUCCACACUCUCAAAAUUUUGAUCUUGGAUUCCUAUCGAACAUAUGCACCCUUAGUGUUUCACUCGUGGGUGAUUUUGGUGGGUACAUUUUUAGUAGCAUCCUCCUAAUUUUCAUACAUACCAUACAUGUCACCGCCUCCUUAGUUGAAUAUGGCACAGAUCACGAAUGAAGAAGAAGCAUACAAAGUGUGGUUGGAACAUGUUGAAAAUGAAUUGCGGGAAUUUGAUGUCAAUAAAAUGAAUAAUACCAAUUCUAAAUAGCCAGAAAAGACAACUAUUUUAAAACAAGAAGAUUUGAAAGACUUUCUCCUUGCCUUUAAUGAGAUGUUAUUUUUAAAUUAGGGCCCGGAAUAACAGCAAUCAUAACUUUAACCCUAAUAAACAUUACAUCAAUCAUGA